AUGCUCUUCAGCAAUGUCAGAUAUGCCGUCUCUCCAACUGUACCUGGUCAGCGCCAGGCUGAACUGUCCAAACUACUCAACGCCAAUGGAGCGACCAUGGUAAGGCUGCUGGAGGCGUCGCACGUUGUGUCGAAUACAAUCCACUUUAAUGGGCAAGAAUCUGUUCCGAAGGGGGCGGAUAUCGUCACAGACGAAUGGGUUGAUCGGAGCAUUGUCCAUGGCAAACUGCAGGAGCAUCAAUUCAUCUUUGGUUGUAUUGUCUACAUGCUGAUUCUCCAACAGCUUGAAGCAUGUGACAAAGAAGUCAUAGCAGCAGGAGUCAACGCACUCGGUGGACUUUUUCGCGAAGGAUACACCCGUGACUGUACACAUGUCCUCGCAGCCCGGCCAGGCUCAGAUAAAUACCUCACUGCAAUGCAUUUUGCUGACAAAACGCGUGUGAAAGUCGUCCUACCACAUUGGUUUGACGAUUGUUUCAAGCUGCUCACGCGACUUCCUGAAGAACCUUACGCUUGGCCCGAUCCUCCUGUGCUGCGUUCUGAAUAUGGACUUAAUAAAACGCGACUUGCAUCACCUGCCAAGGCACUAAUGAAGGCUGCCGCUCUCGAAGACGAGCCUGCAGACAAAAUUGCUGCUGCUGCAAGAACUGAGAUUAAUAUCUGGCAAGGCAAGCGAAUACUGCUUAGCUCAACGUUGAAGCUUGAGGAAGGUCGUUUGGAAUCUGUCAAGGCGUCUGUGCAACGCGCAGGAGGCUUGAUAGUCCAUACAAGCGGUGAUGAGCCUGCAGACGUCGAAGAUGCAGACGUUUACAUUACUCAGCGCCGUGUAGGCCUGGCGUUUGUCAAAGCUUUCCGUUCGAAUAAGCUUAUCGGGACACUUUCCUGGCUUUUCCAUGUUCACAAAACGGGCAUCAUCUCUCCUCCGCAGGAUCAACUGAUCCAUUUCCCACCUCCACCAGAACCUUGUCCAGGUUUCGAUAAGCAGAAAAUAACGGCUUCGAACUAUGAAGGUGACGCCCGUCGAUACCUCAAGAAGCUCAUUGAACUUAUGGGCGGCGAGUUCACACCUCAGAUGACAGCUGCAAACACGGCAGUUGUCGCUGCUUUUAUCAAGGGAGAGAAGACAACAAAGGCGCGCGAAUGGAACAUCCCUGUUGUGAACCAUACGUGGCUUGAAGACUGCUUUGCCUCCUGGAUGCUUAUCACUCCUGCGCAAGAGAAAUACGUCACCUUCCCUCCUGGCGUAAGUUUCGGUGCGCUAGUUGGUAAGCGGGGCAUCCAGCCCCUGACCGAGGAGGACCUCGUUGAGAUCGAACGUGCUGGUGAAGAGAUGAGAGAUAGAAGAGAGACGGUACCUGUUGAACCGAUCAGAGUGGAAGUCGAGAAGGACAUGAACCAGCGUGCUGGUGAAAGCUCGAAACAGCAAAAGGUUUCUCCGGCGAGGGUUCAAAGCGCACAGGACAAACGAAUCAGCCAAAACAGUCCUUCUAAGCUCUCGGCGGUAGUAGUAAUAGAUAGGAGGCCACAGAGUGGUAGGAGGACGGAGCAUGAGGAAGAGGAGGAGGAAGAGUAUCAGCCACCCAGAGCACGAGGGAGACCAACGAAACGAAGAAGAGAUAGCGAUACAUACUCUGAACCACAAGAAGACCAAACCCGUGUCUCCCCGACGAAGAGGACGAUGCGAUCCCGCGCCAGAGAGGAAGAUAGCGAGUACGAAGAGGUGCCGCGGAGAUCUAGUAGACCUACGCGGAACGCCUCUGCCUCAGGAUCCUCUCCGGCGAAAUUGAGCUUGAGACAGAAGGCUGUCGAGGAAGAGGACGAGAGUGACGACGAGCCACCGCGUCGAGGGAGCAGAUCGAAGAAAGACCGGCCAGCGAGGGAAUCUACUCCUGAGGAUACUAUUGUAACAACUUCGCGCCCCAUGAAUGUGCGAGGUAAAGCGAAGUCGGCUGUAGAGUUACUUGAUGACCAUGAAUUCUCAUCCAAUGAUGAGUACCAGUUGCCAGUUAAAUCACCAAGGAAAGCAGCUGAACGACCUAAGCGGGGGCGUGGGAGACCUCGAAAAUCGCGUACGGUAGAGGAGGCGGAAGAGGAAGAGGAAGAGGAAGAGGAAGAGGAAGAGGAAGAGGAAGAGGAAGAGGAAGAGGAAGAGGAAGAGGAAGAGGAAGAGGAAGAGGAAGAGGAAGAGGAAGAGGAAGAGGAAGAGGAAGAGGAAGAGGAAGAGGAAGUUAUCCCAGGCCCUUCGAAGUCACCUAUCGUGACACCUCAAAAUCAACGAACGCCUUUACGGAAACAAGCAUCAUCUUUGGGCCCUACUCCAGGCCGAGCCGUCUUCGUUGAGAUUCCCUCUCCCCAGAAAUCUGCCUCGUCCCUGGGCCGAAUGCAUUCAAUGGGUACUGUAGCUGCAGACGGUGCUGCAGCCAACACAUCACCAAAGCGUGGACGUCCGGUGGGUCGAACAAGUACGAGAGAACAGGAGAAUGAGAGCCCGUUAUCAACUCCUGAGUCCCUCGCUGAGUCACCAUCUAGGUCAAGCCGCUUCCCAGACGACGCAAUUCGGCGUUCUUCGCAACCAAAUCCUAUCAUCAGUCCAGCUGCUUUGCAACGUUCUCCUUCUCGAAGACGGGCUGCAUCGAAAGCGAACGCCAAAUUGCACGAAAACGCUUUGGACAUUCUCCAAUUUGAGAAGGAGAAACGCACUGGUCGUGUUCGUGGAGCGUGGGAGGGUGAAGAUAAGAAGCGUCGAGCAAGCGCUGUGCAAGAUGAGAGUGGUGUUGAAGAGUCGGAUUCGAGGGAUAAGAAGAGGCGGAAGAGUAAUGAUCAUGACAUUAACGGAAAGAAAGGGGUUCCAGGGAAGAAGCCUAAGAAACUGGAAGCGUCUCCUUCAAUAUCAGGAGAUGAACAGGUCGAAAUGCGAGAGUCUGAGAUGGAGCUGACUAGUGACGAACUGGACGAGAUUUGUUUGAUGACGACGCAAGUUACAUUGAACGAUCACAUCCUAAAGGGUCUUCGUCAACUCGGUGUAAAGAUAGCGUCCAAACCAACCGAAUGUAAUCUGCUUCUUGCAAAUGCCAUCGGGAGAACCGAGAAGUUCCUGUGUGCAAUGGCAACUGCCCGGUCGAUCGUAACCGAAGCAUGGGCAUCUGACUCUGUCAAAGCCAAACGCAUACUUCCUACGGACAAGUACUUCCUCAAAGACCCCGAAGGCGAAAAGAAACACAAGUUCAAGCUUGAGGACGCUUUGCGACGAGCUCAGUCUUCUGACAAGAAGUUACUCGAGGGACAUACGUUCUAUUUCACAAAAGGUUUGCAUAAGAGCGAGAAACUCAUCACAUACAAGAAUGUUAUUUCGUCUGCUGGUGGGAAGAUCGUUCUUACAAACCCAACAAUCCGAAUCUUAAAAGGCCACGAAAAAACACGACACGUCCUCUCGAUAGCAGACGACCACACAAUCACAGACCCGCUCGCAGACGCGGGCUUUCACAUCUAUGUUCCCGAGUUCAUCCUCGUCGGAAUCUUAACGCAGAAGAUGGAUUGGGAAGGGACGCCACAUCGACUGGAUCGGAGUUAG